CUGGGCAUGGCACAGAUACAUGCCUGACUGUAGCUGUACAUCACACGGGUGUAAUUCGUGAAGACAAAAUGCCUGAGAACUUAAAAACUGAAUGGUAACAGACCGUGAAUCCCACUGAAGACUGAACCUGGUGAUAUUCUGAAGCAAAAGAGCUCUAGAGGCUGCCUGUAGCUGCUUCCACCAUCUCCUCACACUGACUCAACAGACAUUCCAGGCUUCAGGGUGACGUUCCUGGAAUCUUCUUAUAUCUAUGAACAUGCACAGCUCAAGGACUGCAGGACAGUGUCAGCAUGGGGUGAGCACUGCUUACUACUUGGACCAUGCUGCUGCUGCCGCCAUUGCUAAAGCCGGUAUUCCUGUGUUUGCCUGGAAAUGGGAGACCGACGAGGAAUACUUGCGGUGCAUCGAGCAGACCCUCUAUUUCAAGGAUGGGCAGCCAUUAAACAUGAUUUUAGAUGACAGUGGGGACCUCACCAACCUGGUUCACACCAAACUCCCACAGCUCCUGAAAGGAAUUAAAGGCAUCUCGGAGGAGACAACUACCGGGGUUCACAAUCUGUAUAAAAUGAAAGCCAAUGGGAGCCUGAAAGUGUCAGCCAUCAACGUCAAUGAUUCUGUCACCAAGAGUAAACUCAAUAACCUUUAUGGUUGCCGAGAGUCCCUUAUUGAUGGCAUUAAACAUGCCACGGAUGUCAUGAUUGCUGGGAAAGUGGCCGUCGUGGCAGGCUACGGUGAUGUUGGCAAAGGUUGUGCUCAAGCCUUGAGAAACUUUGGAGUCAGGGUCAUCAUCAUGGAAAUCAAUCCAAUCCUGAUCCAAUGGAUCCAGCCCUUUUCUAGGAAGACAGUCACUAGUCUACCAGCUCCGAGUAUGACCAUGAAACAGCAAACCCAGCCUCAGCAGAGCAGACGCCCCGGCCGUGAGAGUCACCAGCCCCCUUUCUUGGAGCCAGCCCAGAGGGAUGCUGUGGCUCAGUGGCAGGGUCUCAAGCACAUCUGACAUGUGGUCACUGCAAUUCUGCAGAGUGCAGCUCCCCAGGACCAGCCGCUCCAGGGUCGCUGCUCUGAAUUUCUAGCCCCACU